GCCGACACUAUUUAUCUUAUCGAGCUAACAACGCAGCACGCUUUAGUUUCUUUUUACUAAUUAAUAUCUACUUAAUAUGGCUGUGUUACCACCAGAUCCCGUGUUCAGUCUGCGGUGCCCGGAAAUGGGAGCUGUGAGUUCGUUGUGUUUCCACGAAAGCGAACGUCUGCUGGCUGGCACGCAAAAAGGCAAAGUCUUUCUAUGGGAUCUACAGACAAAUCGAUCGCCGAUGCACUUUGAAGUGGGCAGCGAGCCAAUAACAAAUCUUCACCAUACAAAAGAACACCUUGUCACACAGGAGAAGGGUGGCACCAUCACCACCUACUCGAUCAGCAACAGCAGCUAUGUGAAGGAGCGCAGCAUUCCUGGCAAUCACCUCGGAUAUUGCCGAACAGCGCUGCACAUCAAUCCCAAUAAUACGAACGAACAGCUGCUCUUCUAUCCCUGCGAGGAGACGGCCAUUGGGGUGCUGCAUGUCACAGAUCCGGCGGCGCCCACACAGAUGCUGCUACCGGAUGAUCCACAAUUGCCAAAGCUGGGCAGCGUCACCUGUUUCAAGCCCUUCGAGUGCGCAUCGCAGCUCUUUCUGUUAGCUGGCUACGAGUCGGGACAUUUUCUCACCUGGGAUCUCAGCUCCGGCGUCAUGAUUGACAUUGUAGACCUGGCGCCUGAAGCUAUAUCCGUGGACUACGAUGCCAUAACCAAUCGUGGCAUUGUCGGCACUGCCAACGAUAAGCUGACGACCUUCAGCUAUCAACGGCAAUCGAUGCAGCUGCAGCGCGGCUCGGAACUGUGCAUUAAGAACCCUGGCGUCAACUGCGUGCGCAUACGUGGCGAUCAGAAGGUCUUUGCCAGUGGUGGCUGGGACGGACGUAUACGCAUCUUCUCCUGGAAAAGUCUGCGUCCAUUGGCCGUGCUCACGCAGCACAAGCAAGGCGGCGUUAUGGACAUUGCCUAUUCCCCGCAACCCGUGUCCAUGUGGCGUGCUCCAAUUAUGGCAGCCGCUGGCAUGGAUGGCCAGAUCUCGCUGUGGGAUCUGUACAAUUAAGCGAGCGUGAAUAGCCGCGCUACUAUUCUAGUUUUAAGUGUUACAGUUGAGUUUAUCAACCUUUCUCUGACUGACAAUUCGUAGACAGCUGUAAAAUAGUUUAAUUUGUAUGCUUAAUAAAUGAAGAUUCAUUCAGCAAGAAAUAUUUUAUUGGAUUAGA